AUGAGCGGUAUUGAAAAGUUGGAGGAUGAGGAGGUCAGGAUGUACAUGAAGGAGGUGAUUGUCAGCAUGGCCGCCCAACUGCACGACGCCAAAUCAGUCCAGGACAUUCAAAACAAACUGCCCAUGGCCGAAGAAUUCGAUGAAAACUUUCACAAAUAUAGCCUGAUAAAAGCCAUAAAAUCGAGCAUAGAAUCAACAUUUGGAUCAGCCAUAGACAAAGAAAUGGAAAAUUUAGCUUUGAAACAUGUGGACCAGAUGAUUGGACAGGAUAAUCUCUACAUUGAUCAAAUCUCUCACAAACUUCUGCAAUCACAGGAGUAA